UUCUUUUCCCCUUUUGUUCUCUCAAACUAUGCACGCACGAUAAGGCUACAUGAUGGCUUAGAGCUCCAGUUGUAAACUUGUCAUACCUAUUGAUAUAAUCGUAUGGCUCAGGACAGAGGAGUGCCUCGCCUUCCGACAAUGUCACAGCAUAAGAAUGAGCUGUCCCAGCCUUGGCCACGGCUGGAUAGAAACCAUAAGAACAUGAUAUUACUCGCCCUUCUCCUCGAAAAGAACUAAAUUCUUUUUGCUAUUUUUGGUUAUUUGAGCUUCUCACAUCUGAGGCUGUAAAUCUAUUGCGGAAACCAGCGAUAUAUACUGGACCAUUGGUCCCCUUACAACAUCUAUUAUCCAGCUACUGGUUUAUUCUUGAGCUUUUGGAUUGCACUUCCCCAAGAAUGGCCGAGGCUCUUGGUGUAGCGUCAAGCAUGGCUGGCUUGAUAUCACUUGCCGAUACUGUCGUUCAACGAGGCUACAAGUACAUCAGGGACGUCAAAGAUGCUGAGAAGUCUGUCCACAGCCUUAUUGAGGAAGUGAACAGUCUCGCUGGUGUGCUCCAUAGUUUGAAUAAUGUUGUGCAGGAACUGGAGGCAGCGGAUUCGACGUCCCAUAGCUGCAGCAGGAUACAGCACAUCAAUUCUUGUCAAACAACGCUUGAAAAUAUUGUUAAUGAACUGGAUAAUGCGACACCGGAAGUGAAGUCAAUAUCGCAGAGACUAAAGUGGCCGUUCAAGAAAGGAACGAUUGCGGAGCUACUCAAAGAGGUUCAGAACCAUAAGAAUACAAUGACCAUAGCUAUGAGCGCCAGACAAAUAUUAGUAAAUUAACUCACUUGUUUUAAUCUUCCUCUCUAAUAUUUCUAGGUCUGCUUCAAUUGAAGUACUCGCGAAGCAGGAAGAGCUUAAGAGGAGUAUAGAUGCCUUGAAUGUUGCGCGGUUAGAAAGAUAAAGGUUAAUUAGAGGUCGCCUCCUAUAUAAUGCUAGAUUGAAAGAUGACUGCUAAAUAUGACACAGACAAAACUUUCCAAAAGAAGCUCAAUCUCUUGUGUACUAUUGAUGUUAGAAAACGGCAGGAUUCAAACUUUCGCUUAAGACAACCAGGAAUAGGCGUUUGGUUCACUAAGAGCAAGGAGUUUCAGAGUUGGGUAUUCACAGAUCAUUCGAAGCUUUGGGGAUAUGGAAUACGUACGUAGCAAUUUACCCAGUUGCUGCAUUAUUUUCUAACAACAAUAGCUAGGGCUAGAAAAACCGUUCUGAUAUAACAUAUACCUAUCCCAAACCCAGCAUUGCAUUACAGCAAGCUAACUAGGCCUCGCGAAAAAGGGCAUCCGCCAAACAAGAAAUUGAACAAAGCCAGGACUCAUCUCACGGUGUGAAAUUUUUAUUAGGCUAGACUCUCUAGAAUCAUAUUUGAUACUAACAAGAUCAUCACGACUUGCGAUAUUCUAUUGUGACUAUAAGGAUAGUCGGACCCACGAUCCACGGACCAUUCUGGGG